GCGUGUAACCGGAAAACUGCUUUUAUCAAAUAGCGACUGAAUCGUUAAGGGAGCAGCAGCCGCUCCGCCUCCGCUGCUAUUUAUAACAGUGAGGAGGACGUUUUACUGCAGGAAAUACACGGCUCCCGUCCUCAGCACUCCAGCGCAGAAACACACAGGCGUAGGCAGGUCCACGGAGAUACGACACCCGAAGCAGCAGAACAGGAACAGCAGCUGCCACGGUGACGGACACGUAGCUUUAAUUCCCGUCCUGUACCGUCACAGCCACAGGCAAUGACGUAACGCAUCUGUCAGGUGUGGUCUCCGGGCUGGCUGCCCUGCCCCCCUCGGCGUCACGUCCCCCUCUGCCCCCCCGGCCCCCGCUAAUGGAGAGGAUGAGGAAGAUCAAACGGCAGCUGUCACUCACUCUGGGGAGGGGUGGGUCAGGGGGAGGGGACAGGACGCUGAGUGACACCAUCACUCAGGAAGCAACUUCACACAGUGACUCAGAGGUGGUGUCUCUUCGUUCCUCUGGAGGUUUGAAGGUUCGAGCUUCAUCCUCUUCAGUUCAGUCUUUACUUCAGUCGUACAGCACCUCACUGAGGAAACCCAGAGGCCUCGGACGCAGCCUGAGCUCCUACCUGAACCACACCACCAGACUGGAGAUCGUCCAUGAAGAUGUGAAAAUGAGCUCAGAUGGAGAAAGUGAUCCAGCUUCUUCUUCAGAUGAUGUUCAGAGUCCAGUUAAAGUGAGAAUGAGGAACAAGAAGAUCUCUACUGAGGACAUCAACAAACGUCUGUCAUUACCAGCUGACAUCCGUCUUCCAGACGAUUACCUGGAGAAGUUCAAUGUGAUUGGUCCAGCUCUGUUUGAGCAGCCAAUCAGCAGGCGGCUGCGUAGAGUGUCUCUGUCAGAAAUUGGAUUUGGGAAACUGGAGACCUACAUCAAGCUGGACAAACUGGGAGAGGGGACCUAUGCCACAGUGUAUAAAGGUCGAAGUAAACUGACUGAAAACCUCGUGGCUCUGAAGGAAAUUAGACUGGAACAUGAAGAAGGAGCUCCGUGUACUGCAAUCAGAGAAGUGUCUCUGUUAAAGGAUUUGAAACAUGCCAACAUCGUCACGCUUCAUGACAUCAUCCACACACAGAAAUCCCUCACGCUGGUGUUUGAGUAUCUGGACAAAGAUCUGAAACAGUAUCUGGACGACUGUGGAAAUGUCAUCCAUGUUCACAAUGUCAAACUCUUCCUGUUCCAGCUGCUGCGAGGUUUGUCAUACUGCCAUCGGAGGAAAGUUCUCCAUCGAGACCUAAAGCCACAAAAUCUGCUCAUCAAUGAGCGAGGAGAGCUCAAGCUGGCAGACUUCGGUUUGGCUCGAGCAAAGUCAAUCCCAACAAAGACGUACUCCAACGAGGUGGUGACGCUGUGGUACCGACCGCCUGACAUCCUGCUGGGCAGCACUGACUACUCCACUCACAUCGACAUGUGGGGUGUUGGUUGUAUUUUCUACGAGAUGGUGACGGGUCGACCUCUGUUUCCUGGCUCCACAGUCGAGGAGGAGCUUCACUUUAUCUUUAAAUUGCUGGGAACUCCCACAGAGCAGACCUGGCCUGGGAUCACUUCUAAUGAGGAGUUUGUGGCGUUUAACUACCCUCAGUACAGAGCAGAGAGACUGAGUAACCACACUCCCAGGCUCAGCACCGAAGGAGUGGAGCUGUUGUCAAAAUUUCUACAGUUUGAAGGGAAGAAGAGGAUUUCUGCAGAUGAGUCGAUGAGUCACUCUUACUUCAGUAACCUUGGAAACAGAGUGAAGUUACUUCCUGACACCACGUCCAUCUUCACCCUGCCAGAAAUUCAACUGGAAAAGGAAGCGAUGAGACCAACGGCAGCAGCAGCACCUGAUCCAGCAAACAGUCCGACCAGGAGGCGGAGUAUGCUCUUCUGACAUCGUGGAGAGGCGGAGUCUGCUUGCAGGACAAACAAAGGGAAACUGCCAGGACAGGAAGUGGUGAUGACGAUAUUGCUUUUUCUGCAAGUUAAUCACUGACGAACAGCAAGUGCAACAAAAGCAGAAGAAAACAAAAGUUACUUUUGUUUAUCAAGUGAAGGUGAAGCCUGUUGUUUACACAGACAGACACAAUAAUGAAUCACAGCAGCUACCUGACCAAUCAGAGCACAGGAAACUGUGACUAACGGAAACAGGCUUCAGAGCUUCACCUCGGUACACGGAGCGAUGAACAGGUGAAUAAAGUAAAAGCUUCUCUAAGAGGUUCUGUCUUCCAUUUUCACUGCACAGAUUAAACGCAUAAAUAUCAAGUUUAUAAAAGUCCUGGAAAACCUGGAAUUCAGCUCUGCUGUAAUGGAAACACCUGGAAACAGCUGUAUUUGUCAGAUCACCUGUGUGAACAUCUGCGGCAGCAAAGUCAGCGUUAAACUUGAAAACGUGAUCCGAGUCCCAUCAUGUUGAACUUCAGCACCCGAUGAAACGCAAAAUAAAAAUUCAGUUUGUUAAAUAUAAAACGAACCUUCAGUAAUUUGGAGUCCAAAUUUUUCCCUGAAUUUCAAUCUGUUUUUUUAUUUAUUUAUUUAUUUUUAAUCCGUUCACAAGGAGAUGAAAGCGCGCAGCUAACGGUGAACCUGCAGGACGAGGACGGAGCAGGUGCCGUUUCACACUGAAGGCUCAAUACGGAUGUUCUCUGUUUUCAAACUGCAGCUCUUCGGGCCUCAAAGGCCUCCAUAUCUGUUCAGAGCUGCUGAUUGUGUUUCGGUUUACAGUAUUCCAGUUACACUUCAGUGUUCCCAUCAAACAGCCUGCAGGAGAAGCCAAACACGUCUGUGGAAAAUGAAACUGUUUUUAAUUUUGAAAGUGUGAACCUGAUUUCUGCUGUUCUGCAUGUGUGUGUCGUACACUCGAACUUUAUGCUGUAAUACUGUUAAUAUAUAUAUUAAUACUAAGACAGUGACACCAUAAAUCUGCCGUAUAUAGCUUAUCACAGAGGAUUUAUUUCAACAGUUUUAUUUAUUGCUUUUGUGUUUUAUUGGAGAUCAAUAUGUAGUUUUUGUCAUUGAGACUGUUGGAACGGUGCCAUGCCUGCGCCUCAUUAAACCCCAUGACAUGCCAGAGGAAAAUACAGGGCUCUGAUUGGCUAAUUCUGUUUAAACAACAAGUUGGUUUCUGCACAGACUCAAUCAGCAGUCAGCUGACUGCCAGCUGACCAUCACCUGUGGCACACCUGUGGUAGGAAAUUCCAGAUGGUUGAAGGGAAAUUACUAUGUGCGACAGUUCACUCUUUUUUUCAUACAGAAGUUUUUGCAGCUCGUGGAGGUUUUAGCCUGUGUGGAAACAAACUGCAAAAACACCAAGAGGUUCACAUCCUCGUUAAGAGCUGAUCCUCCCCCUGCCCGGAGUCCAGGUGUCGCUGGACGGGCUUCGUGGCUUUCAGGUAGUUUUCAGAUUUCAUCCCUUCAAACGGAUGUAGUCAUUUCAAAAAGUUUAAUUUUUAUUUUGUAUUUGUAUUUUUUUUUAUUAUCAGUUUUAAGAGUGUUCAUAUUUUUCAGAGAUUAGCUGUUCUUGAUGUGAAUCUUUUAUUUUUUAGCUGUGAAGAAAUCUUAGCAAUAGAGAAAUAAUAAGACAAUAAUAACCAUCGAUCAAAGUGUUUGACUCAGAGGAAGCUGACUCUUCAAUCUGCUGUAAAAAUGUCACGUACAGUUGUGUGUUUGUGGGAGGUUAGAAACACACAGCGCCCAUAAAUGAAAACACCUGCUUUAUGUUUCAUUGUUUCAUCGAACGGCAACAGAAGUGUUCAGUUUCAAAAAGUAGAAUCGGUUCCAGAGGUGUAAAAUUUUAAAAUACCAGAGGAAGAAAUCAGACUUGAAAAUAUUUUUUUCCUGUUGCUCCCCACGAGACGUUCAGACGAGCGGUGAAACAGUAAAACAUGGCUGAGGCGAGGUUGUGUCGCCGCAGGUCGUGUUUCUGUGAAUAUGACUGGACGCUGUGGCUGCAGUCAAACAGUCAAGAAAUGAUCACCUGUGUCAUUUUAACCUUUUCUAUGAAAUGUUGUCAGUGCUGCUGUUUUCGCAUCUUUCCCCACUUUAACACUUUCAGGCUCUGCGACUGAAGUAACAAUAAUCGUAAAAACGUGCAACACAGCAAUGCACAGAUUGUGUACAGAUUGUGGGAUGGGGAUUAGCUCCUUUCUUUUUUAUAAAGGAUGGUCCAGUGUAUCAUAAGCUAAAGGGAGUAACAGCAGAACCUUUUCUUAGUAUUUCGAGCAUUCAGCCAGCUCUUAUUGUGGCUGCCACACAAAUGCUUCUGGUCACGUCACUCAGUGAGAAACCUUCUUCAGCAAAAUUGACUAUUUGACUGCAGCCUGUGUGCUUCUUAGGAAUUAAAUGUGUUCAAAAAAGUGAUGCAACGAGGGGGGGGCGGACUCAAAGUGAAGCUUCUGUCAGUUGUGCUAAUGCUGGGUUAAAACAAAUGACUGUUGAAUGUAACUCCAAACUGUUGAUGUGGUCAGUAGUUUAAUGUUGACUGGGUUUACAGUAAUAAUGUGUACAGAGUUACUGAUUAUUAGAGAUAAUCACAGGUUUUAAUCUGCACGCUGCAGUGUUGUUGUUCCUCAGCUGCUCUUCAACUGCACAGGAAACAGUAUACAGAUGUGAAACUUGGGAGCAGAUGUUUCUUCAGAGGUCACUGACUGAUCUGCAUUUUUGUUUUUAGGAACAUGAACCGAUAGAAAACAGUUCGGUUAGCAAAGAUAAUCUGCUUGAACAGAAUGCUACAGCUCCAAGUUUCUGAGCUGUGGUGUUUUUUUCUUAUUAAAGCAAAAAUGAUGAGAAACCCUUUGAUCUCUGCGGGGGGGGGGUUCAGAGGCCCGUUUUCAGCAUCCAUCACUUGAGUUUUCCAACACAUACGUCGUGUUGCCUAAUGCAAAGUGAACACAUUAAACGGCUAACUGAUCGUCAGAGAAUCCCUUUUCCAAUCAUAUUAUCACAGUUAAAAACAGUUCUGACUAAAGAAUUAAUGCAUUUUGUUAAUUGAUUCCCUGGAGCAGAAUUCCCACCACAAAACAGGUCCUGAACCGACAGCUUCAUUGAACGGUGCCCAUAUCGCACUGGUUUGUGGAAGUAGUUGGUUUCUCGAACCAGGGACACCAUACCCCUGUGCUCCUCUUUUCCAUUGCUCUGUGAUGGCAGUAAUACAUCCUGCAGUAUGAAAUGACAGUUUCUCUUCUUUAAAUAGCCUCCAUUUCUCACAGCAAAAACACUCGUUAUGUUUCAGAAGGAAAUUAAUGUCAUUAAAAUGGAAAGCUGAAGGUCCAGACGCUAAUUUUAAAAUGCUUUAAGAAUUUUCAGUUGUAUUAUGAUCAGACUUGGAGAUAAACUUGCACUGACAGUUGCUGAAAGUUGGCCUCUCUACGAUUAUGUAGAUACUCCAUAAAAGGGAUUUAAGAUGGAAGCUAUAAAAUAUUAAGUGAGUUAUUAAACAGCUUGAGAAAAAAAUCAAGAAUCAUUCGGUAAGUUUGUGUUUAAAAUGAGGCAAAAACGGGGUUAAUUGAUGGCAUAUUUGUCAUGUUUAGUGACCUGUGGAGAAAUAGAUUUGUUUCGAGCCCACAUGGAUGCAAAUGCUGUCUUCUCUGCUUUUGUAAAUGAACUAACAUGCUUUGUUUUGGUCAACACCAUACCAAAGUUAUCUGCAAUAUACUGCACUGCAUGAUGGGAUUCUUCCAGAUAACGUCUAUGCUGUUCAUUUGAAUAAUCUUCCAUUUGCCAAGAAAGCACUGCAACGUAUCUGAUGCUAUAACGGAUCUGCAUACUUGAAAUAUGAGUCCAAGUAUGAAAAAGAAAGUAUAUCCUGUUAUUGUGUACAAUUAUGUUUACUUCAUGUAUACUGGAUAUAUUUAAAGUACAUAAAUAUUAAAAUUCUUUAUUUAUCAUCA